CGUCGUUCCUGAUGAGUGGGAGCUUCUGUAAAAAAAAUACCGGAAAUAACUUAAGGACGAUCGGAAACGACAUUCGUAGGACUCGACCGUCCGCGAUGUUUUUUAAGUGUUAAAAUUUACAGUAACUCAUAUAAUGUGAAGCCACUCUAAAGAUACCUGCCUUGAUGUCACAAUGGGCUCUUUCACUCUUAGCCAUCAUUUACUCUUACUCUUGAUGUUUUUGCGCUACGCAGUAGGUUCCACUAAUAGCUGUAUGAAGAUUCUUCCAGACUCCAGCAAUUACAUUGUUAUUGAGGGGGGAAAAAACUUCACCGCGACAUGUCACUUACGGGAAGGGUCCACUUACACCGCAGAUGACAUCGAAUGGAGUUUAAGGAACGUCAACAUCGAAAAGGAGUUUUACCGCAAAAUAAAUGAAACAACUGUGAGUGUUACCGUUAACGUCAACGGUGACAUGAGAGAUUGGUUGCGGUGCUCUGCCACGAAGAAGUCCCUGUCGCACGAAAAACUGUGUAUCUAUGGAAUCUUACUCCAAACAGGAUAUCCUCCGUUAAAACCAGAAAAUCUGUCAUGCAUUGCUUUGCAAGACAACAAGGAUAUUUCCCCUUACUUAAACUGUAGUUGGGAUCCAGGAACGCGAAACCCGCUGAUCGACACGACUUACACAGUUUAUGCCAAUGUAAUUGGGAUGGAUAAACCGCACAAAGCUGAAUGUAAACAGCGUCUUGCAAGGUCCUGCAUCGUCAACCUCGAAACUUUUCCAGUUCAUAUGAUUUUAAAAGUGUGGGUUGAAGCGAAGAAUGCUCUGGGCUCAGAGAAGUCAGAAGAACUUCAAAAUGACUCUUCCUAUUUUGUAAAACCAAAUCCACCGCUGAAUGUCCAAGUCCUCACUGAAGUUAACAUCUCUACAUGUCUUAUGGUUACUUGGGAAAAUCUCCUUGAAAGGACCAUUCUGAAACUCUCUUAUGUCAUCAGAUACCGCAAAGCAGCAUCCAAUGUUUGGAUCAAGGUGCCGGACAGCUUCAACAAAGGGUACAUCGAGACUUUCAGACUGCAGCCUCUGGAGCCGUACACUAAAUAUGUGGUACAGAUGCGAUGCAUUGGAGAAAAUAAUAGCAGCUACUGGAGUGACUGGAGCCCCAGCGUUACAAAUAUUACUGCAGAAGCCAAGCCAGCAAGUGCGCCAGAUCUUUGGAGAUUCCUUCAGCCCACUUCUAAUAGUAGAAAUGUCACAUUAAUGUGGAAGGCUCCUGUAAAAGCUAACGGAAAAGUGCUAUUUUAUAACUUGAGUAUCAAACACGAUAACGGGAUGUUCCAAAACCACAUUAUUAAAGCAGAUAAUGUCAUCCAAACUUAUUCGAUUGAUCUGCCAAGAAGAAAAAUGGCUGGAAUUGAAAUAACUGCGGUCAAUUCAGUUGGAGUGUCUCCUAAAGCAACUUUGUUCAUUCCUAAAGCAGAUAAAGAGCUUGCUGGCGUGGAGAAUAUGAGCUGGUCGGUGCAUACUGAAGAGCAAGAGACGAAGCUGCAGGUCAAGUGGACAGCUGUCCCACCUCUUCAUACCAGCUUCCGUCUCUCUGAAUACCUACUGGAGUGGGUGAAAAGCUCACCGACAAACAGAUUAGAUCAGGCCGGCUGGCAGAGAGUGCCUAAUGAUGUCACCAUCACCACACUCAACGCUGAUUUGAAAGAUUUCACGCGGUACAACAUAUCAGUGUAUCCAAUUUACAAGUAUCGCUCCGGACACAUCCAAGCAGGAAGUCCAGUAACCACAGCAGCCUACAUUCAACAAGGAAGUCCAUUAGAGGGUCCUAAUGUCACAGUGACAAAAUCCAAGAAAAACAGUGCCGAGCUGAAGUGGAUGGAGAUUCCUUUGGACAGCCAGCAAGGAUUCAUCACCAACUACACCAUAUUCUAUACCGUCGGGAACACCAAGCAACGGAAAUCUGUGACGGUGGGCCCUAAUGUCUAUUCACACGUGCUGACGGAUCUGGCCAGUGAAACCGAUUAUGUGCUUUACGUCGUGGUGUCAACUGAAGCAGGAUCUUUCAAAGGCAUGGACUAUACAUUCAAAACUAUGAAGUACGGCGAUGGAGAGGUGGAGGUGAUCGUGGUGGUGGUUUGCCUCAGUUUCCUGUUCUUGACCGUCUUUUUCAUAAUGCUUUGCCUUCGGAAAAGAGAAGUGAUUAAGAAGCUGCUGUGGCCACAGGUUCCAGACCCGUCUGACAGCUCCAUCGCCCACUGGUCACCUGACUUCCCCGUAAAGGCCAACCUGCCCAAAGAAGACGUCAGCGUGAUGGAGGUGGACGUGUUCGACGGCAAGUCCUUGUGCGAGGAAGACAAAGGCGUGCUGCCGCUGAAGAAGGACAAGUAUCUCUCAGAGGAGCACAGCAGCGGCAUCGGAGGCUCGUCCUGCAUGUCUUCGCCCCGGCACAGCGUGUCAGACAGCGACGAAGGUGACUCGGGUCAGACCACAGCCAGCACGGUGCAGUACUCCUCGGUGCUGGCCAGCGGCUACAAGGGGCAGACUCCCAGCCACCAGCCUCCGGCGUUCGCUCGCUCCGAGUCCACACAGCCGUUGUUGGACUGCGAGGAGCAUCCGGACCAGCUCAGUGAGAGCCACUCCAGGAGCUCGUACUUCAGACGCGGCCGAGAGCUGGAGCCCGGCGUCGCGGCUCCCGAAUGUGACGGAGGCUCCCUGAGCUUCUGUCCGGUGCAGGAGGAGGAGGCGUCUCCCAGUGCAGAGGAUCCGCCCCCCUCUGCUUUAUGUUACAUGCCGCAGCAGAACGGCUACCGACCUCAGUAAAAGACACGGGCGCUUUAGAGACUGUAUCUGAAUGUGCCUGUUACCAACUUUUGAUUUGCCAUUUUAUGCAAGCUUACGCCGAGUGUGUAUGGUAACACUAGACUGCUCACACUGCCACGUGCCUUCAGAGGGAGAACGACUGCUUCUGUCUGUUGUCUUGAAUCACAUGCAUGUUUCCUUGUAGCGUUGUGUAAAGACGUGGAUUUCCAUUCUCAUUUAGACUGCCGGUCAACAUUUUUGAACGGGAAGAUUUCCUCCGCUGUAUUUAUUUGAUCCAAAGUACAGCAAAAGCACUUUUUACUGUUUAAAAUAACUGCUUUCCGUUAAAAGUGUUAUUUAUUCCCACGAUCCUUCAGAAAUCAUUGAUAUAUGAUUGAAAUAUGACGACUUGCUGCACAAGAAACAUUAAUAAUUAUUAUUGUCAAUAUUUAAAACAUUUAUAAAGAUUUCUACUUCAGAUAAAUGCUGUUAUGCAUUUAUAUUGAUCAGCAAAUCAAAAUGAUUUCUGACCGUAGUAAUGUAUUUAGCUUUGAAAUGAUGGGAAUAAAUUACAUUUUAAAAUAUAUUCAAAUAAAAAGCACUUAUUUUAAAUAGUAAAAAUAUUUCACAUUUUUACUGUUUGCUGUACUUUGGAUCCAAUAAAUGCAGGCUUGGUAAGUAGAAGAGAAAAACAUAUCAUAAUAUCUUACUGUUUCGAAACAUUUUACUGGUAGUGUACCUGUUGCUGAUUUCUUGCUUCCAGCAUAGUAUUGUUUAAAAAUUAUUCAUAAUUUGUGCCAAGGUGCAUUAUGGCGUUGACACAUAUUACUACUUAUGGUAUUCAGAAUAUUCAUAUUUUUAACAAUAUGCAACAGAAUGUCAACCUUAGCUUGAGUUAACCUUUAGCUUUCAUGUUCCUGGUGAUCAUUUUCUCUUGGGAUAAAACUAACACUACAUUGAAAUGACAAUUAUGAAAUGCAAAUGUUUCAUUGUAUGCCUUAUGACAUGUAUUCAUUUAUCUGUGUGAUCCUUGUAUGACUUAGGUGUGUAUCACUGAUACCAUAGGUCAAAUAAAUACUUUAGUCAAAUGUU